CACUCGUUUUCUGCCAGUGACAGUCAUCCCUUUAAACCCUAAGGACCUCCUGGAUUGUCCACCUGCCCGACAUCUGUCCUUUUCCUCACCGCGCGGCGCGAUGAAGCGGAAACUGAGCGACAUUUAGGAGCAGUCUAAAUGACUUCUGUGCAACAGGCAACUGGGCUGCAAACUCACUGAAGGCUGCUCGGCUGGUCGGAGGAACUGUUGCACAAAACCCCGCUGCGAUGUCUCUGCUGUGCGUUAGAGUAAAGAAAGCCAAACUCCACGGGCCCCCAGACAAAUUCAACGCCUACGUGACUUUAAAGGUGCAGAAUGUGAAAAGCACAACUAUCACAGUCCGAGGGGACCGGCCAUGUUGGGAACAAGACUUCAUGUUUGAGAUCAGUCAUCUAGAGUCCGGGCUGGUGGUGGAGCUGUGGAACAAAGGUUUGAUCUGGGACACGAUGAUCGGCACGGCACUGAUACCCCUCAGCUCCAUUCGACAGUCUGACGAGGAGGGACCAGGAGAGUGGACGUCUUUGGACUCUGAGGUGUUAAUGAGGGAGGAUGAGAUCUGUGGCACCACCAACCCAACUCCGCACCAAGUGCUGAUGGACACUCGCUUUGAGUUGCCCUUUGACAUUCCCGAAGACGAGGCUCAGUACUGGACCAGCAAACUGGAGCGGAUACAUAAUGAGUAUCCAUCACAAGAUGAGGGCCAGAGAAGAAGAAUGCCAUCUGUGCCUUCCCAGUGCUCUUUUGAUGACCAUGACAGUGCAGUGGACGACUGGGACAGUGAAACUGGAAACAAACCUCCACCCUUCCACAACACUUCCCAAACAAAUUCCUCAGUGCAUCAGUACCCCAUGAUGCGCAGGGUUCAACAUCAACCCCUGUCAAAGGAGUCUGACUCUGUGCAUAGCUAUGAGCUAGAAAUGAGGGGGCCCAGCCCUCCAGACAGCAGCCACUUUGAUUCGUCAGGCAACCUCAGCCCAGUCAGCUCCCAGCUGAGCUCUGAGCCUGAAGAGCGCCGACAUGUAGAGUCCUGCCACCCCAGUAAGCCUCGCCCUCCUCUCCAAAACCAGCUGUCCAACUGGAACAAGGAAGAAGAGGACGAUGCUGAAAAGGACGUGCAUGCACUGCCAGAGCCUGGUUCUAAGAAAGAUUUAAAGGACUCUUCGGACAUCCUUCCUAAACCAACCUUGGACAACUGCGAUAACAGGAGUCAGACAAAUGGUUUCUUCGUAGACGGCCCUCCACCCUGCUCUCCAUCCAAAGUUCGCUGGCUGAAAGCCUACAACAAAGUGAGAGUGAAACUGCACGAGAGCCGAGAUCAAGAUGGUGACCUCAGCAAGCACCCGUGGGCCAAGCCAGGGGGGAACACACCGUUUGGCAUUGACAGCAUGCCAGAUCUCCGCAAGAGAAGGCCCAUUCCCCUCGUUAGUGAGCUGGCUAUGUCUAUGCUACAGUCCAGGAAAGCUGGACUCGCCCACACACUGGCCACACGGACCUCCCUGAAAGACGAAGAGCUUAAAAACCACGUAUACAAGAAGACCCUGCAGGCUCUCAUCUACCCCAUUUCCUGCACCACACCGCACAAUUUUGAGGUGUGGACCGCCACCACGCCCACUUACUGCUACGAGUGCGAGGGUCUGCUGUGGGGCAUCGCCCGGCAGGGAAUGCGCUGUGCAGAGUGUGGGGUCAAAGUGCAUGAGAAAUGCCAAGAGCUGCUAAACGCUGACUGCCUGCAAAGAGCGGCCGAGAAGAGCUCCAAGACCGGGGCAGAGGACCGGACGCAGCACAUCAUCAUGGCCAUGAAAGACCGGAUGAAAAUCCGCGAGAGGAACAAGCCAGAGAUCUUUGAGGAGAUCCGUAAAGUGUUCAACGUCUCCAAGAUGGUCCACACCCAGAACAUGAAGAGCAUUAAGCAGAGUGUGCUGGAUGGCACUUCCAAGUGGUCAGCCAAGAUCACCAUCAAUGUCGUCAGUGCCCAGGGUCUCCAGGCCAAGGACAGGACAGGUUCCAGCGAUCCUUAUGUGACCAUCCAAGUGGGUAAAACCAAGAAGAGAACAAAGACAAUCUACGGCAACCUGAACCCAGUCUGGGAGGAAAAGUUCAGCUUCGAGUGCCACAACUCAUCAGAUCGGAUCAAGCUCCGGGUGUGGGACGAGGACGAUGACAUCAAGUCGCGAGUGAAGCAGCGUCUGAAGAGGGAGUCGGACGACUUCCUGGGACAGAGCAUCAUUGAGGUCCGAACACUCAGUGGAGAGAUGGACGUGUGGUAUAACCUGGAAAAGAGGACAGACAAGUCGGCGGUGUCUGGUGCCAUCCGUCUUCAGAUUAGUGUGGAGAUUGAGGGCGAGGAGAAGGUGGCGCCCUACCACGUGCAGUACAUGUGCCUUCAUGAGAAUAUGUUUCACUUUACGACGGAUGUCGAGGGUGGUGGCGUGGUGAAGAUCCCAGCUGCUCAGGGAGACGACGCGUGGAAGGUUUACUUUGAUGAAGUGCAACAGGAAAUUGUGGAUGAGUUUGCGAUGCGUUACGGCAUUGAGUCCAUCUUCCAGGCCAUGACCCAAUUCUCUUGCCUGUCCUCUAAGUACAUGCUGUCAGGGGUGCCGGCAGUGAUGAGCACCCUGCUGGCCAACAUCAAUGCCUUCUACGCCCACCCCACCGCCUCCACCAAUGUCUCUGCUCCAGCCAGAUUUGCAGCCUCCAACUUCGGGAAAGACCGUUUUGUGAAGCUCCUGGAUCAGCUGCACAACUCCCUGCGUAUCGAUCUCUCCAUGUACAGAAAUAAUUUCCCAGCCAGCAGCAAGGCUCGCCUCAGUGACCUCAAAUCUACUGUGGAUCUUCUCACCAGCAUCACUUUCUUCAGGAUGAAGGUCUUGGAACUGCAGAGUCCUCCCCGUGCAGCCAACGUGGUGCGGGAUUGCGUCAAGGCCUGCCUGAACUCCACCUACGAGUAUAUCUUUAACAACUGUCUGGAGCUUUUCAACCGCCAGUUUCAACCUGCUGUCCAAGCACCUGAGCCAGACAAGAAAAAGAAGAAGAAGAAGGAAAAAGCAGAGGGUCAGGAAGCUGAAGAUGAUGAUGAAGAGGAGGAGGAUGAAGAAGAAGAGGAGGAAGAGGAGGAGAAGAAAGAGGAGAGUCAACCGGAAGAGCAGGGCCCAAGCAUCCAGAAUCUGGACUUUUGGCCUAAACUCAUCACACUCAUUGUGUCCAUCAUUGAGGAGGAUAAGAACUCGUACACACCCAUCAUUAACCAGUUUCCUCAAGAGCUCAAUGUGGGUAAAGUCAGCGCAGAGGUCAUGUGGAUGCUCUUCGCUCAGGACAUGAAAUAUGCCCUAGAGGAACAUGAGAAGCAUAAGCUCUGUAAGACUGCUGACUACAUGAACCUGCACUUUAAGGUCAAGUGGCUGUACAACGAGUACGUUCAGGACCUGCCUGCCUUCAAAGACGCUGUGCCAGAAUACCCUGCAUGGUUUCUCCAGUUUGUCCUUGCCUGGCUCGCUGAGAACGAGGAGGUAUCCAUGGAGUUUAUGCAUGGAGCGCUGGAGAGAGACAAGAGAGAAGGGUUUCAACAGACAUCUGAGCAUGCUCUGUUCUCCAGCUCGGUGGUGGACAUCUUCACCCAGCUCAAUCAGAGCUUUGAGAUUAUCAAGAAACUGGACUGCCCUGACCCCACGGUGGUGGCGCAUUAUAACAGACGCUUUGCCAAGACGAUCACCAAAGUGCUCCUGCAGUACUCUGCUCUGCUGGCCAAGAGCUUUCCCUCCUACUGUGAGAAGGAGAAGAUACCGUGCGUGCUGAUGAACAACAUCCAGCAGAUGAGAGUCCUUUUGGAGAAGAUGUUUGAGUCGAUGGGAGCAAAACAGCUGGAUACUGAGGCGGCUGACAUCCUGAACGAUCUGCAGGUGAAGCUCAGCACCGUCCUGGACAAUUUCAGCACCAUGUUUGCUAAGAGUUUCCAGACUCGCAUUAACGGCUGCAUGCGUCAGAUGGCUGAGAUUCUCUACCAGAUGAAAGGCCCCCCCAACCACAGCACCGCUGAGGCAGACGCUGACACCAUGCUGAGGCCCCUCAUGGAGUUUCUGGAUGGGAAUCUCAGUAUCUUUGCUGACAUCUGUGAGAAGACGGUGCUGAAGAGGAUUUUAAAGGAUCUGUGGAAGAUCGUCCUGAGCAGCCUGGAGAAGACCAUCGUGCUGCCUCAGAGCAAUGACAGCUUGGGAGCUCAGCUCCUCACAGCAGCUAAAGGACUUUCUAACCUCAAGGGAGGAGGUGAAGCCAAAACCCUGACACCCAAGCAAUGCAUAAUUAUUGAUGCAAGCCUUGAGUCAAUCAAGCAAUAUUUCCACGCUGGAGGAAAUGGGCUGAAGAAGGCAUUCGUCGAGAAAAGUCCUGAACUGGCAUCGCUGCGUUACGCCCUCUCCCUCUACUCCCAGAGCACCGAUGCUCUCAUCAAGACCUUUGUCACCACACAGCACUCCCAAGUGCAUGAUGGGAUGGGCAUCAGAAUCACUGCCAAUGAGAAGAUCAGACCUGAUAGGGUCAUUGCGGUGAACGACAUGAAGUGGCAGACGUCUGGGAUGUUUCGGCCUUUCGUCGACGUCUCCAUGGUUGGUCCAUUCCUAGCUGACAAGAAGCGCAAGUUCACCACAAAAUCCAAGAACAACAGCUGGACGGCCAAGUUCAACGAGGCUUUCCAGUUCAUCCUGGGUAAAGAAUCCCCAGACUGCUACGAGCUGCAGGUGACGGUGAAGGAUUACUGUUUUGGACGGGCGGACCGGGUGGUCGGCAUGGCCGUCGUUCAGCUGCGCGACGUGGCCGACCGCAAGAGCUGCGUGUGCUGGUGUCCUCUCGGGCCACGCAUUCACACCGAUGAGACGGGCAUGACGGUGAUGCGUAUCCUCUCCCAGCGUCCUGCUGACGAGGUGGCCAAAGAGUUUGUCAAGCUGAAAUCGGAAACUCGUCCCGCGGAGGAAGGCAGAUGAGCUGAAACGGGCUUUACUGAAAGCGAGGUUUAGAAGUGUGGCUUUGACUUUGUUUUCUGUGAGCAGCGUUUCACCUUCAUCCUUAACUAACGCAGACCCUUCUGACUGAUGAUGUACAACGAGUUUGGCAUAGUUGGAAUAAGAAAAAUGGAUUCGUUUAAAAGGGCAAAUUUUGAGGAAGAGAUCGUCUCUCAAAAUGUAUAAAAAGUAUUUUUCAUAGCACCAGUUUACGAUACCAGUCCUAUCAAUGGAUUGUAUAUCAGACGAUGAUUUUAGAGAGAAUCACCGAUCCAACCAACCCUACGAGAAAGCUCUUAGCAACGACAGAGACAAAAAACUCUUUUAACAGGAAGAAACUUCUGAAAACAGGUUCUCAGGAACGGCAGCCAUCUGCUGUGAUCGUUUCAGGUGAGGGGAAGCUCAGCAUAGCAUCUAUCCAACUAACUUUGCUUUUUUUUGUGGUGUCAUUUCAUAAUUUUAUAUUUUAACCUUCUUUAGUGAGUUAAUCUGGAUAAAAUCCUUCUGACUUUCAAAUACCACUGAGAUACUUGACCGCGCGACACAUUUUAAAACUAGUCCUAAACAGUAACCUCUGAAGUUUAGCAGCAGGACGACAACUCAAACACUCUGACUCUGUUUUUCUCAUGACUCCAGGGGGCCCUGCAGACCCUCAGUGAGGCCAACACCACUGUAGGCCUAAGUCUUUGCUCACCCUCCUCUAUAAACUUUGUCUAAUUGUGUUUGAGGUUGUAGUCCUUGCUGGUGAAUUGACUGUCUAUUGACUGAGAUUACACGAGCGUGACCCCAUGUUCUUCUUAUAAUGUUUGAGCCUUUGAGGUCUUUAAACUCUUUACAGAUACCUUGUGUGACUCUGGAACAACCUCUGGAUCCAAAACCUAAUGCCAUGAAAAAGUGAACAAAUGUUUAAUUUGGCAGGAUUUGUUGCAGAAAGCUGAAACAUUUAAGACUGAUCCACAAUUUAGUCAACAGACGGAGUUGUAACUGUAACACACACAUGUUAAUUAACACAACUUAAGAAAGGACCAGUUAUCACACAGUAGUCGGGAUAUGCAUUAUCCAGAGAGUGAGUGUCACACAUUUGCAGCCAAAUUUAACAGUGUGAAAUAUUGUGAUACAGUGUCAGAUCCUGAUGAUUUGCAGGUAAUCAAACAGGAAAUGUCUCAGAGGUGUUUUUCCCUUUGAUGUUAGCUUCAGACUGAUCUAUAAAACCUGCAGGAGCGCUAAUACGGGCUGUGGUUUGAUUUUGUAGCAAGUUUUUAUGGAUUGCGUUGCCUUAAAAUAAGCAGAUGAGUUAGCUAACAAAGCUAGCCUGCUCUGAGAGACUUGAAAUAUGACAACACUAACUUGUAAAUUAAAAAAAAAAAAAAAAAGAUUUUAUUCAGAAGCAAAAAAUCAUGACUUAAGAAUCUGACUGACUGCUGGGCCGUCGGGUGUUUCAGGUUUUGGUUUAAUGCUAAUUUGUGAUGGUGACAAAAUGCUGUGAAUGGAAACAACAGCUGAAAAACCCUUGUAAGUGCUACAUAGCGUGAACUCGAAUAUGGGACCAAACAUGGACCUCGGAUCAUUCCAUUUUGUUUACUUUAACAGUUUUUACAAACUAGGACAGAUAAAAUCAGCCGCUGCAGCCUCGCCGUGCGUGCACCGUCACAUGUUUGACCGUUUUCAUGUUUCCAAACACGAGGUGGCAUUUUGCAUUAACGUAAAACUUUGAAGGAAAAUACAGGCAGAGCAUAGGGGCCGGUUUGAACGGACUGAACUGUAAGUGGGGUUUUUUCCACCCUCUUGUCUGUUUACUAUGUGCCAAGGAACUCAAGUGUUCAGCGAGCCUCAUUCAGCUUUCUCACAUGUUUCGGGUUGUAUAUGACAGAUGUGGCCUUUGCAGACAUCCCACUUUUUACUUUUCCAAAACCGGCUGCACGAAGGCAACUUUAGAAGUGAGCCACAUCUGUAGUCACACCCGAACUCUUGCACUCUGUUUCACUGUAAGUUUGUAAGAAAUGAAACCAAUGCCUACAUCCAGAGCAUGUAUUUAUUGUAAACAGUCAACUAGAAUUGUGAUUUCUUUCCCCCCAUGUAUGUACUGUGAAAUAUGAAGACUGUAUGUAAAGUACUUAUCAUUAUUCUAAUGUGACAUAUGUUGAAUAUACUUGUAACAUUAUUUUGUACAUAAAAUAUUUAUGAAUCAAG